CGGGGCUAACCUCAGAUUUAAAAAUCAACAACCGCGAUCCUGUCAUCGUGGUUCAUUCAAAGACUUCUGGGCUGAGAAGAUGGAUGGAGUCACAGAUUAUCUGGGGAGAAGAUGAUCUGCAGGAUCCUGCUGCUCAUCAUCCUCAACUCAUGUCUCUGUGCAGCAACAUUUGUAGUGAAUGUGACACAGAGCUGCUAUCAGGCAGAGGAGAACCACAACAUCACUCUGGAGUGGACCUUCACCACCAGACCUCAUAGAUCCUGGAGACAACUUUUUAUCCUCUGUGAACUUAUAGCUCCUCCCAGAGAACUGGUUCUGUAUCAGGUCCAUGAUGGUGUUGAGGUACCAGAGUCUCAGGAUGAACAGUUUUCAGGACGAGUCCAGAGUGACAAAGAAGUCCUCAGAGAAGGACGAAUCAGACUCCAUGUGUCCAGACUAAGGACUGAAGACUCUGGUUUGUAUCUGUGUGACGUGAAGACUGAUGAAGGCUUCAACUCUGGAAGAUCUCGACUCAACGUUUCUGCAGCUGCUGAUGUCUCCCCAACCCAGAGACCGACUGUGGAUCCAGAACCAGGAGGUCCAGGAAGGAUCGGUCUCUAUGUUUCACUGGGACUGACAGCAGCAGCAGCAGCAGCAGCUCUGAUGGUCAAACUCCUCCUAAAGUACUGUUUUGUCAAUAACUCAAACUCUAAUUCAGUUGUUUAUCACAACCCUGAAGGUUCCUGAAGCUGCUGUAGGACAGAUAUCCUCACAUCUUCAUUAAUUUGGUCUACAGAGGUUGUAAGGUGUGGUAAGGCUUCACAACCCACUUGCUGUUUCCACUGUUGCAAUUAGCCAUUAAGUUAAAUCAGGCUACCCAAAAAUGUAGUUUACUGUUUAGGAACAGUUAGCAUGAAGCUCUUCCAGCAGUUUCAGUCUAUAAGAUUUUAUUCUGCUGUGGUCAACCUAGUUUUAGUAGCUUGGAUAUUGGAUAUUUGUUCUCUUCAAGUUCAGCUGCUUCUUUCUCCCGUUUGAACCAACAAAUGGCUGUAAAAAGGUGUUGUUUCUCUUUUAAAAUAAAAUCUAGCUGAGAUAAAUAGUUAGGCCCAAAUUAAUUUCUUUAAUUCUACAUAAUGCGAUCCUAGUUGCUGAAACCUUUUCCAAUCAUUUUGCUAAAUUGACACAUUGGUUGGACCAUGUGUAAAAUGAGGGGCCUUGAUAAAAUAAAAUGAAACACUGGGUUAUAAACGUUUUAGCACUUAUGGAGAACAGUAAUGCUAAUUAUAGGAAAAGGUUUGCUAAUAUCUCCAGUGAGGACUCAGUGACAUUGUGAGAGAAGAUUAGACUUUGUACUUUGUUUAUACUGGUGCACAGCUCCUUAAGACCACAUGCUGAAAACCUGUCUGAAUGUACGGUGUUUAUUCCUUUGAUAAAUUAUACAUCUACACCAUUUUCAAAUUUGGGUAUUCUGAACCUAUGGAAAUAAUGGUAACAUAAAUAAUUGCUAUGUGAAUUUUCAGUAAAACCUUUAUUUUAGGGGAAGACAAAUUAUGUCAAGAUAUCUCUUCAGACUUUAGAUACUGGAAAUACUAAAUUUUCUUACUCUUCCUUGAAUGUUACUACUAAUAGUGCUGCAGCUUAAAUGUGAAACUAAAAAAUGUUUAAAGCUCUUCCACCUCCAUACUUACAACAGUAUAGUUUGUCUGUAACCUGAUCCAAGACAACAAGAUGAUGAUGCUUUCUUAGUAUUUCUACAAUUGUUGUGUUACAAUGUUUUUUUUAUUUUAUUUUCACAUGUUUCUGCUCAGAAUAUAACCAGGUCUGAGAGGGCUGUUUUUGGGGUUACUGGAUCAGUUAGGUUUAAACCAGUAACCAUACAGAUCCCUACAAACACAGUGGAGGUUUGAUGUAAUUCAGGUACCGCAGUGCUGAUGUGUACAUCUGCAUUUUACACACGUUAAGCCUACAGCUGGAUUAUGGUUCCCUGACUCCUGUAAAGUGUUAGUUCUUCUCCUAGUCCAACCAUUCCUCAGGCUUUGGUGAUUUAUUUCAAUCUCUCCUCUCAUGAAAUAAUAUUGAAUCAGACUGAAUCAAAUUUCACUGACUGAAACACCUGGCUAGAGUGGAUAACAUUUAAAUAGGGUUCUGCUUUGUUAUACUCUUCUAUUUUGAGUGCUUCUUUUCCACCUACUAGUAGUAGUACGAUCUGAAAAGGGUGGAGUUGGUGCUAUGUUUGGUUGCUCCAGAUGACGCAGCUCCAGAAGGAUCAGCAACCAGAGCUCUGGAUGGAUUAUUACUCCAGCACAUCAGAUUACAGAGGAUUCUGGGGUACAUGAGUUGUCUGACUGGUUUACAGUUACUUUUGCUAAAAGGAAGUCCUUUAUUGUUACCAUGACUUCCCUUGAGAUUUUUACUUGUUGUGGAUGCUGCGCUGUGCUCUAAUUGCUAGAUUGAUCACCACAGGUUUGUCAUGCUUUUUGUCGGGUGUGAGGGUCAUCUUGCCCUUGCACUGGUGCCCACGCUGAAGCACGACGCGCCUGGCUGCUCGGGCUCCUUGGUGCGAAAUUACCAAAGUUUUGUUUUUCCCAAAUGGCCCUGUACCAAAAACUGCCACCAGGUGAAGCAAGGAACCUAUACCAAAUGGUCUGAUUCUUGGAAUACAGCAGUUGUUGAGCAGUGAUGACUUGUUCGUUCUUCAUCUUUCACUGCAUCAGUUCCUCUUUCUUCACCUCUUUUAUCAACACAAUCAUCGUUAUUGGGCUUUUAGAAGACACGUCCAACAGUCAGCUACCAUGACAUUUUUCAAGUGAAGCCAGCAAGGUCACGCAUCAAGUGAAAAAGCAGCUAAUUGAUAUGCUAACAUGUCAGGGAUGUGAAAUGCAAUCUGUCAAAAUGACAGAUGUCCUUCAGAGUUUUCUGUCACAGUUGAACCACCACCUUAACGAGGUGGAGGGGUUUGAGUGCUCAAAUGAUCCUAGAGGCUAUGUUGUCUGGGGCCUAAAUGCCCCUGGUAGGGUCUCCCCUGGCAAACAGGCUCU